GGAAUGCCCGACCCGUUACCAUCAUUUCGAGCAAGCCCAUUUCAUCACACAGUCCUUCGAACUGCUAAAAGCCUAAAACCCCAGUCUCCUUCAUCUUCAUCCACACUUUGUGAACUAACAAAUUCGCAUACACAAACUCUUAACCAGUUAAAACCCUACAAACCCUUAAACUUGAUUAGGGUUCUUCACAGCGAGACAGAAUGCAGGGCUUGAAGCGAUUUACCCGGUCUUCUAUAUCUGCUUCUCAAAUCUUGAGGCCCAAUGAGAACAACAACAAGCUUUAUCUUCUUCCACCAACCCAGCAUUUCUUAGCUCAAAGAACCUCCAAUCGCUUCUUCGACUUUUACAAGCUUGGAAAUAAAGCGGCGGUAGAGAAAGAGCGGGCACGGCUUGCAGAUGAGCUGAAUAGGGGUUAUUUUGCGGACCUGUCAGAGCUUAAGAAACAUGGUGGUAAGAUUGCAGAGGCAAAUAAAAUCCUAUUUCCUGCUAUGGCAGCUGUAAAGUUCCCUGACUUGGAAGUAAACUACUCUGAAGGAAAAGUAUUAAGGCUGCCCUUUAGACCCAAUGGAAAUGAAAAUGUGGCUGAUGUGAACAUGUCAGCUCUCCCAAAGGCAUCUUUACUCUGCCUUUCAUUUCGAGCAAGUUCCCAGGGAAUGAUUGAUUCUUGGAGCAUCCCUUUUGUCAAUGCUUUCAGUGGUUCGAAAGACAUUCAAUUAUUUGAGGUGUCAUUUAUAGACUCGUGGCUCUUGUGUCGGAAACCAAUUAAGCAGCUUCUGCUUCGGAUUAUGAAGAAACCUAAGCAUGUUGAAAACAAGGAUACAGUUAAAAGGCAGAUCGUAUAUUCAUUCGGCGACCAUUAUUACUUCAGAAAAGAACUUAAAAUCUUGAACCUUCUGACAGGGUACAUAUUCCUGCUCGAUAAGUUUGGUAGAAUAAGAUGGCAAGGCUCCGGAGUGGCUACGGAAGAGGAGUCAUCAUCCCUUCUCUCUUGCACAUCACUACUCUUGGAAGAGAAAUAAGGCAGUUGAAUCUUAAGUCCUGACCUAUAUCUUUAGUGGAUUACAAGCGCUCCAAAUUCAAGGAUUCUAGACUAUAGCAAUUUUACCUCAUAAUGCCACAUUGUGUAUUUUGUGUUUAGUUUUAGUACAAAUGCAGAGAGGUUUGGCUUUUCAGCUUAACUUCUACUUCUUUUCUCUGGUACAUUUUUGCUCAACUCAAAAAUCAAAUGUAUAACAUUUACAUGUUAUUGGUAAUAUCUGCAUUCAUUCCUA